AUGCCGGGGAGACACGCGGUGUGGGCGUGCUUCGAGGAGGUUGAGGCGCGCGCCAACUCCAAGUCGCACCCGAUCGCUAAGUGCAAUUACUGCGGCGAGAGAGUCCGCGGCCAGCCCAAGAGCUUCAUGAUCCCUCACCUGCGGAAGUGCUCGGUCGCGCCGUCGACCGUGGUGCAGCAGUGGGAGGACGACUCGGUGGCGCUGUCCAUCGUGGCCACUCCACUGACGAGCGUCACGCCACUCAGCGCCAGCAGCUCCGUGUCGGAGGCCUCUCUCGACAUGGGAUCGGACCACUCCGAGCUGACACCGGAAGGGUUGGAGCUGGUUCCUCACACGCCACAAAGAGCACCUCCUCCAGCCCAGUUGCAGCACCUCGAGCUGCUGAGACUCAAGGCCAGAGUCGCCGAGUGGAAGGCGAAGGCUGCCGAGGCCCAAUUCGUCGCGGAAAGGUACGCGGCGCGGAUCAAGCUGCAGAGCCUCGGGGUCCCGGACUGCGAGAUCGACGCCAGCCUGCCGUCGCUAUAAGUGCCUGGGUAUAACAAGAGUACCCGAACGAACUUCGUUGCAAUGGGAACGACGUAGUGUUGCAGGGUACGGAU